AUGGUUUUUCCCGUAGCCAUGAAUAUUGGUAGGCUUGAGAUACAGACAAAAACACAAGCUCAGGCUAAAAGAUUUCACGAAGUUGAGACUAUGGAGCAUCCUCAAGUUGUUCCACCGGUUGUGAAUCCCAACAAUGACAACCCUAUUCCACAAGGGAACAAGUCCAAGCUGCAGGACAUCAACCAAGAGCACCACCACUGGCUCAGGGAGAGCUAA